UGCACGUCACUGCCUAUGUCCCUCACGUGUAUAUAUAUAGUCCUCCAGGGAUUUGUGAAACCACUACUUAUAAACCUUUUCCCCUUCUUGUUACGUAUAAAUUUUACAAUAAUUUUGUUAGAUAAUUUUAAUAUCAAUCUUUGGUCCAUGGAGGAUUCGUCCAAAGGGUUGACAAAAGGUGCAUGGACCGCUGAAGAAGACAGUCUCUUGAGGCGAUGCAUUGAUAAGUAUGGAGAAGGCAAAUGGCAUCAAGUUCCUUUAAGAGCUGGGCUUAAUAGGUGUAGGAAGAGUUGUAGACUAAGAUGGCUGAACUAUUUGAAGCCAAAUAUCAAGAGAGGAAAACUUAGCUCUGAUGAAGUUGAUCUUCUUCUCCGUCUUCAUAAGCUUUUAGGAAACAGGUGGUCUUUAAUUGCUGGUAGACUACCCGGUCGGACCGCUAAUGAUAUCAAGAAUUACUGGAACACCCAUCUGAGCAAGAAACAUGAACCAUGUUGUAAGACCAAGAUGAAGAAGAGAAACGUUACAUUCUCUUCUACCACACCCGCCCAAAAAAUCGACGUUUUCAAACCUCGACCUCGACUCUUCACCGUUAACAAUGGCUGCAGCCAUCUCCAUGGCCUGCCAGAAGUUGACGUUGUUCCUCCAUGCCUUGGACUCAACAACAUUAAUAAUGUCUGUGAAAAUAGUAUGACAUGUAACAAAGCUGGGGAGAAGUAUGAACUUUAUAGUAAUUUAAUGGAUGGAGAGAAUAUGUGGUGGGAGAGUUUGCUAGAGGAGAGCAAACAGCCUGACGGGCUCGUUCCAAAAGGUACGGCAACAAAAAAGGGGGCAACCUUUGCGUUUGACGUUGAGCAACUUUGGAAUAUGUUGGAUGGAGAGACUGUAGAACUUGAUUAGUGUUUCUAUUAGUAUUUGUUUGUCAUCUGUGUGUUACUUUUGCAUUUAGUGUGGAGUUGUUUUCAAAUAAAACAAUUAAUGUUCUUUUUUUUUGUGCACAAUAAUUUAUGUUCUGGUUGUACUUAUAUUUUGCAAAAAAAAAGAUAAUGUGGUUUGUAUAAAAUUUGGAUUUCUUUUUCGAUUUUUUUCUAAAUUUUCUACACACUCGCAAAAUAAAAUUUUUUCUUAGAGAUAUACGGUACCAAUUUUAAGUCAAAGGUGAGAGCGUCUGUUUCUGUUACAAUAUAACUCACGUUAAUCAACAUGAGUAACCAGUAAAUAAAUGGUUACUGUUACAAUAUAACUCACGUUAAUCAACUAGAUAAUUGUUAGAUGAUUAGUCCCAAGAAAAGUUCAUUAAAUCCUAAGUUUUGACUCAAUAAACCACCGACAUAACUAAUAUUCAAAACAAAACAUAAUAUUUGUAAAUACUUUAUUCCAGACUUAAACAACACUGUCCUAUUAUCUGAGUUUGGUUAAAAUAAACAAAGAAGACUCAUAAGAAAUUUGCAAAUAUAAUAUAUGUACUUGCCAAAAUUUAUGAAUCUUGCCAGGAUAUCGAAACUGACCAAAUCCUUUAUAUCUAUCAUAAUCACUUUGAAUACUGCUUUAGUUUUAGUUUUGAUCCAUCAUUAGUUUUUUUAAAUUUCUUCGCAUUAUUUAAUGUAGCAAGGUUACCCAAAUGUUUUACAAUAAGUCAUCCUUAACAACAACGUAGAAUCACACAUAUUAUAAUCAUUUAUCAAAUACUUAAUCACUCAUAC